UAGUCAACGCCGUUGGAGAUGCUCUUACCAGUAAAAUCAAUAUACGGAUAAAAAAGGCAAAGACCGACGGAAAAGAGAAACGCUGGGGACCCGGGGGCGGAUAUUACGGUGCAGUGGGUGUGAAGUGCGUGUUUCAUUACUCUCCUCUCCCAACAAGAAAUCUUAACAGUGUGGAGAAUGAGUAUGAUGAGAUUAAUCCGUGCAAACACAAGCUCCUGCUUCUUGUUGUCCACAACCGCAAGAACAUUCAGCACUUCAUCGGCAUCGGCGUCGGCGUCGGCGGCGGCGAUUGAAGCAGAGAGAAGUAUAAAAGAAGGCGGUAGAAACAAUUGGAGCCGCGAUGAAAUCAAGUCCGUCUACGAUUCUCCGAUUCUCGAUCUCCUCUUUCACGCCGCUCAAGUGCAUAGACAUGCUCAUAACUUCAGGGAGGUGCAGCAAUGUACGCUUCUUUCGGUGAAGACCGGCGGUUGCAGCGAGGAUUGUGCUUAUUGUCCUCAGUCUUCACGGUACAACACCGGAGUCAAGUCACAGAAGCUUCUCAGCAAGGAUGCUGUUCUUGAGGCAGCACUUAAGGCAAAAGAAGCUGGCAGUACUCGUUUUUGUAUGGGUGCUGCAUGGAGAGACACAGUGGGAAGGAAGACUAACUUCAAGCAGAUCCUUGAAUAUGUGAAAGAAAUAAGAGGUAUGGGGAUGGAGGUCUGCUGCACCCUAGGGAUGAUUGAAAAGCAGCAAGCUGAAGAGCUGAAAGAGGCAGGGCUUACAGCUUACAACCAUAAUCUUGAUACCUCAAGAGAGUAUUACCCCAAUAUUAUAACCACAAGAUCAUAUGAUGAACGCCUAGAGACUCUUAAGCAUGUUCGGGAAGCUGGGAUCAAUGUCUGUUCAGGAGGUAUUAUUGGACUUGGAGAAGCAGAGGAUGACCGAGUUGGUUUAUUGCACACUCUGGCAACCCUCCCUACUCACCCAGAGAGUGUUCCCAUUAAUGCACUGCUUGCAAUGAAAGGCACGCCUUUAGAAGAACAAAAGCCGGUUGAAGUGUGGGAAAUGAUUCGUAUGAUUGCAUCGGCUCGUAUCACAAUGCCGAAAGCAAUGGUUAGGCUGUCUGCUGGCAGGGUUAAAUUCACUAUUCCUGAACAGGCUCUGUGCUUUCUUGCUGGUGCAAAUUCAAUUUUCACAGGCGAUAAGCUAUUAACAACACCAAAUAAUGACUUUGAUGCUGAUCAACAAAUGUUCAAGCUUCUUGGACUUAUUCCGAAAGCUCCAGAUUUUUCUAAUGAUGCAAAAGGGAAGGAUUUUGAAGCAGAAAACUGUGAGGUUGCUGUCUCCAAUUAGUUAGAGGUUGACUAAAGUAGUUUAUAUGUUGACAUAGUUGUCCUGGUUAAGUACAAGUUUCUGCAUUUAAACAGGAUGAUGUUUAAAAAAGACUGACACUGGCAUCUCUUUACUAAGUAUUGAUAUCUAUGAACAUGUGGCUUAUUACAACUUACCGACGAAUCUUGAACUUGAGAGUCAAAUAGAUUUGUCUACUUAAUGAUCAUAUAUUACAGUUUGGGAUA